UUUUUGGUAUAGAUCUAGAGGUAUGGGAACGUAAGGAACUUGCAGUCCGUCUUUAGAACUGUAGAUCUAUUGAAGAAGAGAAGUGAACCGUUCACAUACAUAGAGUAUUUCAUUGCAGCGGAGGGGAGACAGCAGGCAGCUGUUUAAAGCUUGUUGUUGUUGCAGAAAGAUUCAUCGAACGUUCAGGAACGAAUUGAACCUUGCAGCAACAAAGUGUACCGGUUUCUUCCUUGAGAGACUCAACCCAAGUUUGAAAGAUGGCUGCAGCGGCACUUUCUCUGGACAACCCGAUCUUCCGCAUGUACAUGGGCUAUGCUUUUCUGGUCAUCAUCAAGACAAUGGCCAUGAGCUUUGUGACGGCUUAUUUUAGAAUUACAAUGAAGGUAUAUGCUAAUGAAGAGGAUGUUGCAUUUGACAAGAAAAAGACAAAUAAGGGCCCGCAGAUUCACCCAACUGUGGAGCGAGUUCGAAGAUGCCACCAGAAUGACCUGGAAAACGUGAUCCCCUUUGUUCUGAUGGGCCUUCUCUACGUCGCCACAGGACCCACAACGUUUGCCGCAUCACUGCAUUUCCGCAUUUUUACAGCCAGCAGAUUUCUCCACACGUUUUUUUACCUCUUCUCCAUCCCUCAGCCCACUCGUGUGCUGUCUUUUCUCGUGGGAGUGUUCACGACGCUGUCCAUGGCCUAUCAUGUUUUUGCUCAAGUAGCUUUUUGAAGAGUGACAGAACACAACGCUUGACUUUGCAGUUAAAAGUGUGUCAAAAUGAUACAAUAAGGAAGACUGAGUUUUACUUUUAAGGGUGUUACAAAUAAGGAAGAUUGAAUUUUACUUUUAAAAGGGUGUAGAAAUGAUACAAUGUUCUCAAAUAAGAAAAGUUGAACUUACUUGUAGUGAUGUAUUCUCCCUACUUGUGAUCCGAUCUAGAUGUAAAAUGUUUGUGUCAGGUUGCAGUGGAAUCAGGCACUCGUCAAUUUUUAGGCGUAUGGAGUGAUUGGUACCGUCUUGAAGGGUGUUCCUUUACUUUGUCUUGCUUUUGGUGAGAAAAACCCAAACAGUGGAACUCGGAUUCAACGAGGUCAUAGGGCCUGGCCGAAAAUCUCGUUGAAUUCUAGUGUUCGUUAUUUUUAUAGCAAACACGAGGUUUUGUGUAGAUAAUUACAGGCACUGAGCAAAUAAUGUAUAAAGAGAAGUCACAAGUAGUGCCUGAAAUGCCUGC